AUGUCAACAUCAGAUGACUGGAAUGAUAUUCCGGAUGAUUUCGUACUCCCGGAAGGCUCAGCAGAAAGAGGAGCAAAGCUCUUUAAAAAACAUUGCAAGCAAUGUCAUUCCAUGAGACCAGAUAAUCGCCAAACAGGAGGAUUUAGCUCAAUUGGUCCAACUUUAUUUAAUGUUUAUGGCCGCACUUCAGGAAUCCAGAACCUAGGAGGACUCAACUUGAUGACCCAUUCAAUGAAGUCAUCUGGAAUAGUGUGGGAUGACGCAAACUUGAUGAGGUUUGAUUUUAAGGCAAUUAAAACAUUUAGGUACAUGAAAAACCCACAACUGUUCGUAAAUAGCAAAAUUGGAAUGAAUUUUGUCGGACUUCCAAGGUUCCAGGACCGCGUGGAUGUUGUACACUUCCUUCGCCAGCUUAACUACGAAGGAAAGUAUGGAAAAGAAGUGCUAAAAGAAUGCGAGAAGAAAUGA